GGAUUAGGCUUCCCCUCCUUCCAUCACAAGCCUCAUUACGACACACAAUUAUUCAGCCGAAAGGACGCAAGCUCCCGAUUUGAAACAACACGCAGAGAGGAGCAGGAGGAGGAGGAGGAGGAGGAGGACAAUUCAAACAAUACGAGGUUGAGAAAAAUGAAUUCUAAACUAUCUUCUUGCAUGGUGCCCACGCCCCAGGUGUGCGUAUCAACCCUGGUCACGGUGAGCACGAUGGCGGUGGUGGACCUCUACCUGCUGGAGCAGAGCAUGCUGGGGGCUCGCGGCCCCGCGGGGCCCAGCGCGUGGCAGUGCGCCACCGUGUUGCUGGGCGACGCCGGCUUCCUGCUCGCGCUGCGCUUCGUGUCGGCCGGCGUGGUGUCGGAGGCCCGCUCGCCCCGCCGGGGCUUCGCCAACGCCCUGUGGUUCCUGUUCCUGUCCCUGCUGCAGCUCAAGCUCUUCUUCGUCUGCCAUAACUACAGGCAGGAGCGCUGGCCGCUCGACCCGCUGGCCAGGAAGACCCUGACGCUGCUGCUGUCCAUCUGCCUGCCCUCCCUGUUCCUUAUCCUGACGGGGGCGGACCACAUGACGCCGCAGCGCAGGAAGCAGGAGGUGCGGGGCCGGCUCCUGUGGGUGGUGGUGGACCUGCUGGAUGUGCUGGACCUGCAGGCGGGGCUGUGGGAAGCCCAAGGCGGGGCGGCGGCGGCCGCGGCGGGAAGCGCAGUGGCCGUGGAGCAGAAGCUACCCAUCUGGGCCGAGGGCCUGGUCUUCUUUUACUGCUACGCCCUCCUGCUGCUGCUGCCCUGCGUGGCCCUCACAGAGCUGGGGGCCACCGGCCUGCCGGGGCAACGCGGGCCCCGGAAGGAGGCUCUGUACCCCUGGCUCAGCUUGGUGGCCAUCAACAUCCUCACCCUGGUCCUGAGGGGCACGGGCAUGCUGUGGUUCAGGGACCCCCGUGUCUCCACCGUCCUGGGGAAGAACCUUCUGGCUCUGGCGGUGAAGCUGAGCUCAGCCUGGGAGAGGCACAGGCAGAGCGAGCGCGGCGCCGCGGGGGCCGAGACUCUGGCGGCGGCGGAACCGCCAGACUCGACGCCGCCGAGCCAGGCGGAGGAGCAGGGGGAGGCGGCGGCACGGGGGACAGCUCCGCCCCCCUUGCACUAUCACACGCUGUCUCGCUCACACAGCCACACUCUCUCCCACGUCAGCCUGGAGCCCCCAGAGACGCCCUUGGCACCUUCUUUCAUCUCCCACGAACUGUAGAGAGUCGGCGGAGACGCGUGACCACGGCCGCGCUGGAGACUCAGACCAGCGGAGGCGGCGUCGCAUCGACAGAUAACAGCGAGGGAGUUCCGCACAUUUUGUUGUGCCGGGAGUAACUUUCGCAUUUUUUUUAUUUGUUUUGAAAACACUGAAAACAUAUUUAUUUAUUAUUUGGACGUCCAGUAGCGUCUCCCUUCUUUUCAUCUCGCACAGACGCCCAAACUGCCACAGAUUGCUACUCAAUAUCCAUCGGAUCAAUGAGAGAUUUUCUGCCAUUAGAUGACAAACACAGAUUGUGACCUUUAAUGUAGGAUUUGUUUUUUCCUCCAUCACUUUACAGAGACAAGUUUAAUACAAAAGGAGUGAUGAUUUAUUUUGCCCGUACAGGGAUUCAAAAGCUGUCUGCCUGUAGAACUCACACUCUCCUCACGGUGCUCCAGAAUUUCAAUUUUGAGUCGAACCAAUUGGAUCCAAAUCUUUUAGGUCUGCAGCGCUUUAAAUCAAAGUCCAUUCACGAUCUAAAGUGAUGUUCCCUUCUUUGAUGUUCCUUAUUUAAAUAUAUUAUACAGCUCUGAAGGAGUACAUGUCCAGUUUUUCCACAAUAAAAAGCCAAAUAUAAGAACAAAAUAAAAACGUGUGGCAGAUGUUUCCUCCCCAUAUUCUAUCUCCAUAUUGCUCUCAUCAACUCGCAGGUUUAUCUUGCAACCCUCUGGAGGCUCCCGACGACGACACCGGGCAGCACAACUCAAACCAAGAAGCCAAACCGGCUGAUUCAACUUAGUUACCUGGAGGGAAAAGUGAAUCUCUGAAAUCACUUGGUAUUAUGUCGCAUCUUAUUGGAUUUAGAUGCAGAAUGUGAACAGCAGCUUUUCAGAGACGCAAACCUUACAGUCACUUUUAUUUUGGGACCACUUACGCUUUUGCUUUUAAAACCCUCCUACAGCGAUUCGAACACAACAGAAUGUGUUCAACCCAAGAUGCCAACUAUCUAUGAAAGACGCCGUUUCCAUAAAUAAGAUACUCCAAUGGUGGAGCUUAAAGAUGAGCCUUAUGCAUCAUCUUAAUCCUGUUGUACACGACAGUACAGCUGUUUUUAUUUAAAAAGAUAGAACAGCGGUUUAGGUAAUUCGGUCACUUUUUCUGUCAUGUUUCGAUGUCGUCUGUACUCGUCUCAAAGGAAACGAAAAGAAAAACAAAAACUGCCGAGCUGCCUUUCUAACCCGAAAUCCACCUUUUCACUGCAGAUGAAAGUUCCCUCUUUGAUCCCGUUGAACGAUGGAGGGGACCUUUCAUCACCUUUUUAUUACCAUUACGGAUGUUAACGUGUGGUGUUGUUGUUGCUGGUGUUGUUGUUGUUGUUGGGAUCACGGAGCAGAGCAGCAGGUGUAGAGGAUGUAGAUCGCAGUCAAGUGCCUUUUUCCCUCACGGAGCCACGCGGCGAACGUGGCGCCUGGACGUGUGCCACGUGUAGACUGAAGUUAUCCCGUGCGCUGCACCUCCGGGACGGAGUGCACUGGCAGGCAGGAGUCGGCCCCAAUCACCCGAGGCUACGGGGUCAAACAACCGCCUCUGGGGUUUUUAAACUACAUCAAAGUCAAUCCGUUUGCUGUGAGAGAAAAUUUCACAUUUUUAUCCCAUACCGGAGCUGGUGAAGUGAAGUAGCGCCCCCCCCCCCCCACGUAUUUAUCUCCAAAAAGCGAGCCCUUUGCUUCACAGUGCGGCACAAGGGCGCCGUUUAUCACAAUUACGCCGGCGGCAGCAUCAGCUGGGAUCCUCUCGCACUGAUCAUAGAGUGUGCUGUUGUGCUGUGCGUGUAGUGUUGAACGACAGAUGAGAUGUGCGUGUCCGGC